ACGCGACAAAUGUCCACAGCAGCGCGCAGUCCUCGCUCCUGUACUCCCCCUCUCCGAAAAGGGUGGUAUGUCGAGGAUGUUGAUUCGGAAGAAGAUGUACAGGGCGAACCACAACGUUCGGGAAACGCGUCUACACCUCGCAGCAAGCGACCCGCACGGUCGCAACUUCGGCGUAGAAAACGCCGCAGAAAGAUCUCGUCGGAAACAUCUUCGGUCUCAACGGCCGUGCGUAGACGGGUCGACGAUGCUCUCAGGCAGAUCCGAGUGCUGCCGAUCGAGGCAACUACCCCGACCUGCGCUGUGACGCUAGCUUGCCCAGACGCGUCAACCUUAUAUCUGGAACCUGAUACACCAUGCUCAGUUUUGGACAAGCUGGCUUGGGCAUGGAACAAGGACAGGGGAUCUCUCAAGGUCAACCUCGACAUACAGAAGAACGAGCAUCCUCUGAAUACAGUCAUCAGCCGCUACCUCAAUCAAACCGACUGCAGCAAGUGUAGCAGGUGGCUCUUGUGUCCCGACGACCCGGACCUCCUCCUUGACAUGUAUCUCCGCUAUUUGGACAGCGAUAUAUUGUCACCCCCAGUUUCAAAUCCUAACGUGCGCUGCGAUCCGAACGAGCUUUACCGUGAGAGCAAUGUCGUGGACUUCAAGUAUCGUCUCCUCCCACUCCCCUUCACGAGGCAGUCAGAGUCUAUCCACGGGCUUGCUCCCCCCGUCUCGGAGUCCGCCCCCCAGGCGCAGGUGUCACUGACUGGCCAUCCUUUCGCAAAAGCCCCAGCUAUCCAAGAUUUACCGGCAAUCAUUCUUCCCAUUCCCUACCAUUUCGUCAUCUACGACACAGGCAAAAAGCUAGAGAGCAUCUACGGGGCUACACGACCAACGCUGAAUCGCGUGGUGGAAGUUUUCCACGUCCAUAUAGCGCUGGCCGCCAUUGACGAUGCACGGGAAGGUCAAGGUGGCUCUGGCGAACCUUCUGGUCAUGACGAGAGCGGCGGCCAGAGUGCUCUGGACGAUACCUACGGCCUUUGUGACAAGAGCAUCCCCUCGACGAACGACACCGGGCUAGCAUCAAGUAGCGCAGGUGGCGUUGGCCACUCCCCGCUAUCGCUAUCGCCAGCCCUGAGACCAAGCGACUUUGCAUCGUGUCGCGACGUCGCAGAGGGCCAAGGGGAGAAUGGCGGAGACAUGCAUGCGUGCGAGAAGGGGGAUGCGCAAGCGGGGGUGGACGAGGAGGCCCAGGAGUGUGGGGAAGGGGCCUCGGACGAGGAGUGGGAGGAUCAGGAAUAUGGCGAGUAUCUGAAGGCAUGGGCAGAGGACGUUUGGAAGGCAACUCGGGAGGUCUCUUCGCGCGCAGCAGGUCUUACCUGCGCGCACGUAGAGCACUGAUAAGCACAGCGA